GGAAAGGAUUGGCUUGCUGGUUGUGUUUCUUUAUGUUUGAACUGAAAUGGAAAGGAACUCAGUAGCAUGUGUGAUGGAAUGGAGCAUAGAGCUAGAAAAGGCCCUGCGCUCCAAGAAACCAGGUCGAUCACUCGAAGCCAUUUCAGAAAUUAGUCCAAGACUCCAACAGUUAAGUAAUGAGCCAGACCCUUCUCCAGCUGUCUACCACUUGUUCGACCUAAUUCCUGGCGAGGACAAGCUCUUCUCCAAUGCCAUCAUUCUUCGUCUUGCCAAUGCCUUCGAAUUUGGAGACAAGCACACAAGGGUCUGUAUUGUCAAGGCCUUUCUGUUUGAGUACAGGAAGAGGAACAAACGGACAGAGUACAAAGGAGUUUUGUGCAAAACUCGGGUUCAUAUGCAGGCAGAAUUGCUGAGGAGAGUUAAGGUUGUGUUUGACAGUGGGGAUGUUGAAGAUCGGGCUUUGGCUUUGGGUCUGUUUGGCUGUUGGGCACAUUUUGCUAAACAGAGUGCGAGUAUACGAUACUUGGUGCUUUCUAGUUUGGUUUCUUCUCAUGUUUCGGAGGUACAAGCAGCGUUAUUUGCAGCAGGAUGUUUUGCUGAGUUAUCGGACGACUUUGCUUGUGUUGUCUUGGAGAUGCUGCUUCAGAUGAUGAGCUCACCGGAAACAUUGCCUGCUAUAAGGUUGGCCGGAGCACGAUUAUUUGCCAAACUUGGGUGCUCCCAGUCUCUUGCAAAUAAUGCUUACAAGGCAAGUCUAAAAUUGCUGUUAGAGUUCUCAGAUGAGUAUUACCAGGUUGCGAUGCUGGUUUCCCUCUCAAAACUUGCUUCCCGGUCAACCAUUCUUAUAUCUCAGCAGGUGGACCUGCUUCUCUUGUUUCUUAGCCAUGAAAAAAAUCUUCAGCUGCGAGCAACAGCAGUAAGAUGCCUACAUUUUAUUUUCAGUCAAGGAAUAUGUCAUGUUCCUGUAAAUGGAUAUGUUGUGGAAACGUUGUUAAGCAUACUAGAUGAACCUCAAAUUCCAUCAUCCAUGCUAUGUGAAGUUCUUCAGACAUUACGUAAGAUGAUUUUAUGUAUGCCACCCAAUCUACCCUAUGAUGUCCUUGAAUCUUCAAAGCUUUUAAGCGUUGUUGAGAAUGCAUCCCCAUCUCCUAUCAUGGCCGAGAGCCUGUUAGCUAUUUCUGUUUUGGUAGAUAUGUCAAGAAGACUAAAAGGAAGUACAGGGCUGGGAUCUCUUGUGCAUUGUCCAUCUCUUCAGCCAUCUCAGGUGAUCUUGCUUAUCUUUGAUCGGAUCACCAUACUGGUGAAGCCAGUUUUGGAUCUUUGUCAGACUGACAGUGUUGAGUUUCAACAAGUUAACUGCCUGUUCAAUCUUCUUUUCCUUGUAAUCCGAGAAUAUCCGGAUUUGCAUGUCUUAGUGCUGGAUCAAAUAUCUGUUUUAGUGAAGUCUCUCUCAUAUAUGGAUAACAAUCUCGUUGCGACAACAGAAACAGAUGCAUUUGUUCAUCAUAGUGUAGACUUGAAAGGAGAGAAGAGUAGAAUUAUCAGAUCAAAGCUUCUAUUUAAGGUGUACAGAUUUUUGGUGGCCUUUCUCGAAAAUCUCACUGAAGCUGGUGCCAUCUCCACCGAAGUAUUUGACAAAGUGAAGCUUCUGGUCGAACUUGUAUGCCAAAGCAACUUGUUUGAAUGUUAUACAUACGCACUCUACUCUCUGUUGCUGCGUUGUCAAAUAAUUUGGGGUAACAGGGUAAAUGAGAGUGAGGGAAGUCGCAAUCCUGAUAGAAACUUGGGCAUAUCUCUUGAUAAUUACUCAAUGAAGCAUGAACUUCGUACCAUUGAAUGUGCAAAGAGGAUGCUGGCAGAAAAAAAUAAUUGGCCUGCUUACAGAGUUGGGGUGUAUGCAGCGUGUCAAGGAGAUUGGCUGACCACGACUUUUAUAUUCAAGCAGUUAGUAUUAAAAGUUCGUUCUAAUUCCUGCAGCUGCUGGAUGAAGUCAUUAGUUCAAUUUGCUGAUUCUGAGAGGAAGCUAGAGCUGCUGCUAUUACCAAAACAAGGGAUAAAGACUCAUGAAUUACAUGUUACACCUUCCAGUAAUGAUUUAGGUUGCCAAGAUGCCGCGAGUAGUAUCAAGGAGCAUAUUUACAGCAAAGAUCUAGCAGCAGCUUACAAUGGUCUUUGUUCUUCUUUGGAAACAUUAAAAGUUGAUGAUGUCAAAACAGGCCACACUUUUUAUUUCCAACACUGGAUUUUGUCCCUAAGAGUGAAGGUAAUAAGAGCUGUGGUGGAUAUAGUUAAAAUUUUGGGAAACAUUCCAUUUGACCAGGACAACACUACCAAUAAUGGAAAGGUUGAGAACCUUAUGGUUGGAUACCUCAUAUCUUUGCAGAAAAUUACUCAAAUAUCUCUGCAGUUGAAGAGGCUAGCACGAGAAUUUGAUCUAGUUACAACAUCUUUCAUUGACAUGGACAAAAAGAGUUCAAAAAUAAUUUCGGAACUUGCAAUGAGUUGUUCGCUGUUGGCCUUCUGUACUGGAUUUGCUCUCUACAUUCCAAGCCUAAUUAAACCUAUUUCUAAUAGUGGUCUGGGAAUUCUAGAGAGAGAUUUAGACACAAUGUUGGUUCAAAAUCUAGUUGGACGGUUGGGGAACACUAACCAUGAAACCAGUAAAAAUCUAUGUCUGCUAUUGGAGGCGGGUAGAAAUCCCAUGGAUUGUUUUCACAUGCAGUCAAGAACCCAAGCAUGUAAGAUUGGUUCUGAAGCAAGAGAUAUUCUUAGUAUUUGUAAUUAUACGGUUUCAGGGAUUGUUGGCUUGAAAAGUAAGGCAAACAGAGUGCAUAAUGAGGAAGGACUAUCCCAAUUACCCAAGGAUGGCUUAAAGCUUUUGUAUGACGUUCUUAUGAAAUGGAUGCAAAUCCCCUUCCGUGCACCCAAGUACUUCUUUAAAUUAAGGCCUUGCUGUGGGUCAGAACUCUUUGCUGUCAACGAAACUAGAAACCCAGAUGGAAUAUAUGUUUCCCCAGGCUUCAGCUUGUCAUUAAAUCUGUGUCUUCAAUUAAGAAAUGUGGCAUCAGAUAUCCCAGUCCGGUUGAAAAACUUGUACUGCGUGCUCUACAGUAGAGUAUCCUUUCAGGAACCAACAGAAAGUGGAGUAAACAAUCAGCAAAACCAGGGUAGUUAUCAAGCUUGUGAAACUGAUGACAUGAUAGAGAUGAAUGAAAAGCUGUUGCAGUAUGUAACAGAGUGCAGUACAAAAAAGAGUAAUAAGCGUCCAAGGGGCAACAAUGAUGGUGAGUUUGUAAAUUCGUUCGUGUGUUUCGAAGUGAAUGAAAGAGGGCAAGGGUUCUCAAAUUGCUUGCUUGAUGUUUCUGCUUUUCCAGUGGGUUCUUAUAGAAUCAAAUGGCAUAGCUGUUGUAUUGAUAGCCAGGGUACUUGUUGGACCCUCCCCCAUUUGAAUUUGGGACCUGUAUUUACUGUACAUAGGUUAUAGGUUGAUUUUUUAAUAAAUUAAACCAAACUUGUAAAUGAUCUUGUUCUCUGUAUUGAUUCUACUGUACAGUUUGUAAUUUUUCCAAUCUACUUUAUGAAGAAAUU